UUACAGCUGAAUUGUUGAUAGAAACUUUCUGUAAUGUAAUCUAAUCUAAAAUUGCCAUGUAUAAAUUUGUUCCAAUUAUAUCGAGAAAUGUGAAGGUUAAACUACAUAAUCAUACAUUCGCACAAGCCAAAAGGUUCGCUACCUCAGCUACAGACCCAUACAAAGUGCUUGGUAUUGAACGAGAUGCCACGGAAACAACGGUAAAGAAUGCUUACAUUCGAAUGUCUAAAACUUUUCACCCAGAUAGGAAUCCUGGCAAUGAAGAAGCAAAACAGAAGUUUAUAAAUGUUCAAAAUGCAUACAGAAGCAUAAUGGAGAAGUUUGCAGCUUCUUUUGAAGAUAUAUUUCAAGGUGAUGAGAAAGAGAAGGCAAUGCCAUAUGCAUUCACCAUUUCACCGCUGGGUAUUGAAAAUGAACCGCAACCUACAUUUCAAGAUCGCUUGGCUAGUUUUAUACUCGUCGGAAUAUUUAUAAUUUCUUUAAUGUUGUUGUUUAGUUCAAAGACCCUCGAUCCAUUAUAUGAAUCAAUCGGGGAGCGUGUAAGAGAGGCAAUGAAACCUGACAAGGAAACUUUAGUUAAAAUGAUCCACCAACGAACGCUACGUGAAGAUGCGGAAAUAGAAAAAGUGGAAAAAUCUGGAGAAGAAUUGAAUCAAAUUUGGGACAAAUAUAAAAUUAAUUUUUCCAAUCGUAAAAGCUGAUAUAAAU